AUGAAGAACAACAUUUUAACUACUUCUGAUAACAACGUCAUUUCUAGAAGAAAACACUCUCACCCUUUAACAACCACACGACCUAAUUCCUCUUAAGCACAUAUAGUCACAACAAUUUAUAAGACCCCAGAGAAGACAAGAAUAUUUAGGCAAAAAACUCCUUCAACCAAAACAAAAAUAAAAACUUAGAAUCAUGAAAACAAAGAGAACGACUAUAGUACAAUCAAUAACAAUAGUUCUUCAAUGAAAUCGAAUAGAUAGGUUCAAGAAAAACAACCUAGCAAUUUAAUGAAGUAAAUAAAUUUAAAACUAAACUAAAAAUCAGUAUCAGUUCCAGAUAUUUUAGAAGACAUGAAAGAGGUUAAUGAAACCAAUUCGUUAGGUUUAACAUACUUUUAAAGAGCAUUUGCAUAAAAUAGAGUCAUCAAAAUUCAAGACCUGUUUAGUUAAAAUUAAAUCACUAUAAGAGAAUUGGAAAAUAAUUGGGAAGCACAAGUUACUCAAGAAUCUGAAUUACUCAAAUCCAUUCAACAUCAUGAGAAUUUUCAAUACAGCAAAUAUGAUUCCAAAGAGAAUUUAUUAAACUCUUUGAUCCAAAUUGAAAACUCAACAGGCACUUAACCUUAAAUCUAUGUUAUUGAUUUAGCAUUAUUAUGA